GCGGGAGCCGCCCUCGCCCGGAGCCCGCCGCGGGCGCGGAGCCGCAGUGCGCGCCUCGGCCAGAUCUCUGAACAACAACUUUUUUACGUGAAUUGACAGAAGUGGAGAAGCCAUGGCCAGCUCAGCCCGAGAACACCUGCUCUUCGUGCGCCGUCGCAACCCGCAGCUCCGGUACACCCUGAGCCCCGAGAACCUGCAGAGCCUGGCCUCUCAGGGCACCAUGCCCGAGAACAUGAACUUGCAGCGUGCCAACAGCGACACUGAUUUAGUGACUUCAGAUAGCAGGUCUAGUUUGACAGCCAGCAUGUACGAAUACACCUUGGGACAGUCUCAGAACCUCAUCAUCUUCUGGGAUAUUAAGGAAGAAGUAGAUCCAACUGACUGGAUAGGACUUUAUCACAUAGAUGAGAACUCUCCAGCCAAUUUCUGGGAUUCCAAGAAUCGGGGAGUGACUGGCACACAAAAAGGACAAAUUGUAUGGCGAAUUGAACCUGGCCCCUACUUUAUGGAAUCUGAAAUAAAGAUCUGUUUUAAAUACUACCAUGGUGUUAGUGGAGCCCUCCGAGCUACUACUCCAUGUAUCACUGUGAAAAACCCUGCUGUGAUGAUGGGAGUAGAAGGCACGGAUGAAGGUGCUUCUGGAGCCCAGCACUCUAGGAAGUUGGUCAGCUUUACCCUAUCAGAUAUUAGAGCAGCUGGACUUAAAAAAGGCAUGUUCUUCAACCCUGAUCCUUAUCUAAAGAUGUCCAUUCAGCCAGGCAAGAAAAGUACAUUUCCUACGUUUGCUCACCAUGGCCAGGAAAGACGGUCGACUAUCAUCAGUAACACAACUAAUCCUGUUUGGCACAGAGAGAAAUAUUCUUUUGUUGCACUUCUAACAGAUGUCCUGGAAAUUGAGGUUAAAGACAAAUUUGCCAAGAGUCGUCCGAUCAUCAAGCGCUUCCUUGGGAAGUUAACCAUACCUGUUCAGCGACUAUUGGAGAGACAUGCAAUCGGAGACCAGGUACUCAGCUAUAACCUUGGCAGAAGGCUCCCAGCUGAUCAUGUUAGUGGGUAUCUCCAGUUCAAAGUGGAAAUCACAUCUUCUGCUCAUGAAGAUGCUUCACCAGAAACUGUUGGCACUUUGCUAGGAACCAACUCUGUAAAUGGAGACUUGGGGAGCCCCUCUGAUGAUGAGGACAUGCCAGCAGGGCAUCACGAUACAUCCACGGUGUGUUCCAAUGGCCCAGUCUUUGAGGAAUCUUCUGGAGACACAAUCCUGAGACACUCUUUAAGGACUAGUAGGACUCUGGAGACAGACCAGGAUGAGCUGACCUCUGGUGCUUCAAGAUCAUCCCCUCCCAGAGGGCGCCAGGACUCACUAAAUGACUAUCUCGAUGCAAUAGAACACAACAACCACCCCAGAGCAGGGACAUCUGCCUGCGGUGACCGUCCACGAGGAGCCUCCCCAAAACUGAGGAGCAGCUUCCCUACUGACACAAGACUUAACGCUAUGCUUCACAUUGACUCAGAUGAAGAGGAGCACGAGCUGCAUCAAGACCUGGGUUUUCCAUCUUCUUUGGAAGACGACGGUGGUUUAGUAAUGCUUAAUGGUGCUACCAGAAACGUUGAGAGAAACGAAGUAAGUUCCUCGUCAGAUCAGGUAAUGCCAGGGCCUGCGGAGAGUGAAAGGGUUUCGGCCUCUGACGCUCCUUUGCCAUCAGCUGAUGACCAGCAAGGUUCUCUCCCAGAGCUCCCAGCUCCAGAGGAAGGAGGCGAAAGCCUGCAGGGUUCUGAGGCUGAAGCCCCAGCAGAGCAGGCCGGCGGCGAGCCCUCAGUCCCUGCGGAGGCAGAGCAGCCUCCCGGCAGCGCGGACGCGGGAGCCGCUGAAGCCGCGGGUGGGAGCAGAAGGGGCGUCAGCGAAACCGAGUCCAUCGACCAAGGCUCGGAGCCUUCCCAGCUGUCGUCAGAGACGGAGCAGAGCGACCCCGCUCGCACCGAGAGCGUCAGCGAGGCCAGCACCCGGCCCGAGGGCGAGAGCGACGCCGAGGGCGCCGACAGCUCCUGCAACGAGAGCGCGACGGUGCGGCGCUCCUCCGUGGAAAUGCGCUGCUCCUCCUGCGAGAGCGCCAGGUUCCCCGAGACUCCGGCCUUCUCCUCCCAGGAGGAGGAGGAGGCGGCCUGUGCCCCCGAGGCCGCGGCGGAGCCGGGUGCCGAAGCACAGGGCUCUGCGAGCGCCGCUGGUUCCCUGCCCGCCGUGCAGGUGCCUCAGGAGGAGGCGCAGGAGGCCGAGGCGGGGGAGCUGCAGGACCGAGUGGAAGCGGAGGAAAUCUGGCAAAGAAGGAGAAGCCUGCAGGCGGCGGCUGCCCAGAGCCGGUCUCAGGAUGAGGAGAUUGAAGGAGCGCAGGCAGCUUGUGAGGGUGCCACAGCGCAGCUUGAGGGAGCUACUGGAGGUUCUCCUGCCAAUGGCCAUCAGCCCUUGAGGUCCCUGCCUUCGGUGCGUCAGGACGUUAGCCGGUACCAGAGAGUGGAUGAGGCUCUGCCACCAAACUGGGAGGCUCGAAUUGACAGCCAUGGACGGAUUUUUUAUGUGGACCACGUGAACAGGACAACAACGUGGCAGCGACCCACAGCUCCCCCAGCCCCACAGAUUCUCCAGAGGUCGAAUUCCAUACAGCAGAUGGAACAGCUGAAUCGCCGGUACCAGAGCAUCCGAAGAACAAUGACAAAUGACAGGCCUGAAGAGCACACAAAUGCCGUGGAUGGAGCUGCAGAAGAAGCUGAAUUUCACCAUUCUAAUUCAGAUUUUCGAAGAGAGAAUGUGCUGCCUCACUCUACCUCCAGAUCCAGACUUACUUUAUUGCUCCAGUCUCCCCCUGUGAAAUUCCUUAUCAGCCCAGAGUUCUUUACAGUGCUGCAUUCUAACCCUAGUGCCUACCGCAUGUUUACAAAUAACACGUGUCUGAAGCACAUGAUCACCAAAGUCCGGCGGGACACCCACCACUUCGAGCGCUACCAGCACAACCGGGAUCUGGUGGGCUUCCUCAACAUGUUUGCCAACAAACAGCUGGAGCUGCCGAGGGGUUGGGAAAUGAAACACGACCAUCAGGGCAAGGCUUUCUUUGUCGACCACAACUCGCGUACCACGACGUUCAUCGACCCGCGGCUGCCCUUGCAGAGCAGCAGGCCCACCAGUGCGCUGGUCCAUCGGCAGCACUUGACUCGGCAGCGCAGCCACAGUGCUGGGGAGGUCGGAGAGGACUCCCGUCAUUCAGGACCCCCAGUUUUGCCAAGGCCAUCCAGCACGUUUAACACAGUCAGCAGAGCUCAGUACCAGGAUGUGGUUCCAGUGGCUUACAAUGACAAGAUAGUUGCGUUUUUGCGGCAGCCCAACAUCUUUGAAAUUCUACAAGAGCGUCAGCCAGAUCUUACCAGGAAUCAUUCACUCAGGGAGAAGAUCCAGUUCAUCCGGACAGAGGGAACACCUGGGCUGGUGCGUUUAUCCAGUGAUGCAGACCUUGUCAUGUUACUCAGCUUGUUUGAGGAGGAAAUAAUGUCGUAUGUGCCGCCACAUGCCUUACUUCAUCCUAGUUAUUGCCAGUCCCCGAGAGGCUCGCCGGUGUCUUCGCCUCAGAACUCUCCAGGUACUCAGCGCGCCAACGCCCGAGCUCCAGCUCCGUACAAAAGGGAUUUUGAAGCCAAGCUGAGGAACUUCUACAGGAAGUUGGAGACUAAAGGAUAUGGACAGGGCCCAGGGAAAUUGAAAUUAAUCAUCAGGAGAGAUCACUUGCUAGAAGAUGCUUUUAACCAGAUCAUGGGCUACUCAAGAAAAGACCUGCAGAGAAAUAAACUCUAUGUCACGUUUGUUGGGGAAGAAGGGUUGGACUACAGUGGACCAUCAAGAGAGUUUUUUUUCCUGGUGUCCAGGGAGCUCUUCAAUCCGUAUUAUGGUUUGUUUGAAUAUUCAGCCAACGAUACCUACACAGUACAAAUAAGUCCCAUGUCUGCUUUCGUAGACAAUCACCAUGAGUGGUUCAGGUUUAGUGGUCGAAUUCUUGGUCUUGCUCUGAUACAUCAGUAUUUGCUGGAUGCCUUUUUUACAAGACCCUUUUAUAAAGCCCUCCUCCGAAUACUCUGUGACCUGAGUGACUUGGAAUAUCUGGAUGAGGAGUUUCACCAGAGUUUACAGUGGAUGAAAGACAAUGAUAUACACGAUAUCCUAGAUCUCACGUUUACUGUGAACGAAGAAGUUUUUGGGCAGAUCACAGAACGGGAACUAAAACCAGGAGGUGCCAAUAUCCCAGUCACUGAAAAGAACAAGAAAGAAUACAUAGAGAGAAUGGUGAAAUGGAGAAUUGAGAGAGGAGUUGUACAACAAACAGAAAGUCUAGUUCGUGGUUUCUAUGAGGUGGUUGAUGCAAGGCUGGUGUCUGUAUUUGAUGCCAGAGAACUGGAACUGGUUAUAGCUGGAACAGCAGAAAUUGACUUGAGUGAUUGGAGAAAUAAUACAGAGUACAGAGGAGGUUAUCAUGACAAUCACAUUGUAAUUCGGUGGUUCUGGGCUGCUGUGGAAAGGUUCAACAAUGAACAACGGCUAAGACUUUUACAGUUUGUCACAGGCACCUCCAGCAUUCCCUACGAAGGCUUUGCCUCUCUCCGCGGGAGCAACGGGCCCAGGCGCUUCUGCGUGGAGAAGUGGGGGAAGAUCACUGCUCUUCCAAGGGCUCACACUUGUUUCAAUCGUCUGGACCUUCCCCCUUACCCGUCAUUCUCUAUGUUAUAUGAAAAACUGUUGACAGCAGUGGAAGAGACAAGUACUUUUGGACUUGAGUGAUACACAAACCACAGUGCCCAGCUCAUUGGACUUUUGUGGAUCUGUCUUCUCAAGGAAUGAAUGAACUUUUGUAUUGGAUUUCCUAGAGGAAAAUUGUUUCAUGGUGCAAUUCAAAUAAUGAGGUUCCACAAAGGAGCUUGUGAAGCAAUUAAAAAGCAUUGUGGUAGUGGCAGAAUUCUCGGCAGUGAAACUAGAGUGUGCCUGGUGUGCAGGGAAAACCAAGUCUUGCAAUCCAUUGGUUUUUGGGAUGGCUGCACUUCUUACGUUUAUGUUCUGAGCAAACCAGAAACGUGAUGCCAUGUUGUGAUCCAUCUGGCUGCUGCAAAACUGACAUGUACCCAAGGACUGGAUUUCAUCAAAGUUGUCGAAUAUAAAAUUCAAGUCAAAAUGGGAAAUCAUUCAGCCCCUUACCUACCCAGUAAAUUAUCAAAAAAGCAUACAACUGAACUUUUAUAUAAGUUCUUUUUCCUUUUUAAUUCAUGAAGGUACAUUACUUUAUGCCAUAUGUUAUAACAGCAUAUCCAACACUCGUUUUACCUAAGACUACGAGUGCCUGCAUGGGGAACACCAUAGAGCUCAAGUUCCUGGGGCAGAAGUGAGUUGGAAGGAAAGUCAGCAACAAAGGAUGUAACAACAACGGCUUGUGCAUUGAGGAGGUUUGUGGAAAUGCGUUUGCCAGUGGUGUAUAUGACAAAAUAUGAGCUGUUACAAUGAACUUAAUAAGACUGAUUUUAUGCUUUAUACUGCAUGGAAACUAUUUUAAGAAGAAACUAGCAAUUUAUCACAGCAUAUCAGGAAAAAACCCUAACACAGUGACUUCUGUUUAUUUUUAUAGGUUCAUUAUAUUAUGUUUCUUAGAGUGUAAACAGGAAACAAGCAAACAAAAGUGUUAUUUCUGUUUUGUCACUUUCCAUGCUUGAACAGACAUUCUGCUAGUGUUUAUUCUUUAAGCACUCUCCAGGGGAAAAAAAUGCCUUUUAUUUUUAUAAGAGUAAAAAAACUCCCGAAAAUAUUUUGCACUGAAUGUACCAAAGUUGAAGGGACAUUAUGAUCUGACUGAUAGCAAAUUGCAUCACUAUCAAAUAUCUAUAAAAAUGCUUAGGAACCAGGCUUUCUUCACAGUGCCAUGUCUAUAGAUAUCAGGACUGUGCACAUAAGUAAUAAUUUUAUAAUACUAUAUGUGAUAUUGUAAUAUGCAUUUGUUUUAAAUGCAUCCGGGUCAUUUUUCAUGCAUUGGAUAACUUAAUGCAGUGGAGUUUAAUACAGAUAUUUCAUAUGCUCCCCACAACUUUUUAUUUGUACAGCACUGUAAAACACUAGCUCAUUUGGAAAACCCUCAAUGACUUCUUUAAGGUGAGCCACUGGUCAUAAUGCCGCUGUCCUGUAUCAGUGAACACCUCCAAGAUGUAAACUGUUCGUAGAGUCCAAGCUUGCAUUUUCACCGAUAAAUAGUUUUCUUAGUUUUCUUAUCAAAUGUUAUUUGAAAGCAGUUUUUAUGGCAUAUCAAACACUGCAUGGACACCAAUUUCUUUAUGCUUAAUUUUGCUGAAAUACACGAGGCUUGCUCGCUUCUAUUUUUGGUACUUUUCCUCCAGAUGGUCUUGUGGAACACUUGUGCAGCUGCGCCCCAUUUCUUGCACAGCUGCUGUCACGCACCGCAUCCACCACAUUUUAAAAUUCCGGGAGUUGCGCCUGGAUACUGGCUGACAAGAACGCGAACGCAGCUCUGUGCUGGCCCUUUCGGUAGCGCCGCAGCGCAGCAAGCCCUGUUUGUGGGAAAAGUAGCUUUUGAAGUAACCUUCUCACUCUGGAGGCUCUUGAAGGGGCAUCUGAGGGAGGUGUCCUGCUUGUUCUGUGAGAGGUUUUUUUCCAGCAGAGGCGAGCACCCCUGGAGAUGUUGUCAGCAGAGACUGCCAGUCCACCCUCUGAGGCAGAAAGCAGCUGCAGCUGUGGUGGUGACUGAGAAAACCCUUCAGACUUACUGAGGAAAUGUCACAUGUGCAAAGGCAAAGCAAAAUCAGGGGGAAAGCAUUCUUUUAUUUCAAGAAUAAUUGAGCUUCUGCAUGACAUCUGGGACUCUCUUAAGUAACUUAGGUUUUCUUAGGCUACUUCUGGCUGGUAUGAAGUAGCAAAGAAAAGUUCAAACACAUCACCCUGUUUCUACACGUAUAUUUAUCAGCUAAGAUUGCAUGUCACGGGUCCUAAUGCACAUCGCUUUUCAGAACAUGAAUGAGCAGUAGGCAAACUGACUUUUCAGCAGGUCACUCCAGCAUGGCUCACGUUUCAUGGGAUCCAUUCACUGAAUAGCUAAAACUCUGGCACUUGGAGCAGAAUGCAACUUCUGAUUGGUUGUAGGACUACAGAACUUUCAUUUUACAAUACUGUGUUAUCUGUGGUCUUAAAAAACGAGAUUUCCCAGGUGGAAACUGUAUCUACAAGUUUUGAACCAGAUACUCUUUGGAAUGAAAAGUUUAAAUAUUUGGCACAAAGUAAGUUUAUACUAGUUUGCCUUUUAAGUUAUGCUUUUGUACAAAACUAAAACAAUAAAUGCAUCUUGUCAAUUUUUAUUUAAAUAUAUUUACUGCACCCAUUUGUUCUGUAUUUAUGCAUGUAAAAAUAAUUUAAAUCAGCCAUGAUAAUCUGGUAUUCUGUAAAGGUGUGACAGGGUCACCAGUGGGGCAGCUGUCAGUUAGAAAAUAGAUAAAUAAAUAGAAAAAAAAUCAAUCCAGCAACUUUGUAGCACUAAACCCAAGAGAGACUAAGGAGGAGUUGCUGCUUCCUCCUCUGCUGCCAACAUCCCCUGAAGCACUAGAAAAGCGCUGUGUGAAGGUUGAGGUGUCAUCUGGGUACAGCUCCCUGUGGGGCCUGGAGCACUCGGCUCUUUGUGACAGUGUAAGUGAUGCUGCUGCUCUGAAGGGAUUAGCAAGGAGGGAGUAUAGGAAAGGAAGCCUGAGCUUAGUCAAAUACUCACAUCUCCUGGCAACUGCUUGGAAUGUUCUCCCUUUGGUUUUGGAAGCCAUUCCCAUUAAAUGUAUCCCAAGGGAGAGGCAGCUUUCAUGUCCUGCAGCUGACUGCAGCAGGCCCCUACCGUGCUGUUGCUUAUCACAGUGUAGCAGGGAUGAGGCUCCACGCAGAGAAAGGCUGGGGAGCCUUUCCAAAACUCUCUAUUUCCUCAGAGCUUUUCCAGAUGGUGCUGAGGAGCUUUGCAUUUAGGGAGGAAAAGAGCAGACAGAAGAAUCCCUUCGGCCAAUGACAGCUGGUACUGACUUAGCCCGCAGCGUGUCCAUCACACAGAGGCUGGCAGGGGCCGGCCCUGCAGGAGUUGAAAUGAGGUGCCCACGUUUCCUGCUCUGCUGGCAAGUGGAGCUGCACAUCACCAGCUCCCAGGUCACUGCAGCCUGGGCAGGCUGGCAGCAGAGUGGCCUCUGUCCCCCCGCCCCAGGGCCAGGUCCCAGCAUCCCAGCCCAGCAGAGGUGUGCACUGCUGGCAGUCAGUUUAUAGCCAGAGCACUCCUAAAUACACCACAAAAGCUUGGAAUGAAGUGCAGUGUGGCACCUGCUGGAGCAAGCAGUCACCCACUGAGAGUCUGCAGGCCAGCAGCAGUGUGGGGAGUGGUGCCUUUGCCCGCAGCAGGCGGGGCACAGCCAUCUGCCACCUCUGUCACACCACCAGCAGCACCUGGCAGGGCAGGACAGGAAAGCCUUUCAAUCCAGACCUUCCUCCUCACCCCCUCCCUGCCUGCUGUUUUUCUUUGGAAUUCAUCAAAUAUUUGCCUCCUUUUGCUUUUAAACAUGAUUUUUUCAUGAUCCUUGUUCUGACCCUACCAUAAAAACUGUUAAAACGGCUUAGAGAGUAUGUGGGCUGAACUCUUCUGCGUUCACAGGCCCGCUCAAGGGCACCACAUGAGCUCCACAUGGCAGCAGUUAACCCCGGGGCACACAGGGGCGGGGAAUAUCUGUCAUCUUCGGGGACACUGAAAAUCUAGGCUGCAGCAUCCUGGCAGGACAUCACACAAAGCUUCUGGUAGGAGUUGGACUGGCACAGCACUGGACUGGUAGUUUGCUCGGUUUAAAAUUAUAGGAAAGAGAAGAGGUUUGUGGUUUCUUAUGUAUUUUUAAUCCUUUUUAAAAAAGGUUUAAAAAAAAAAAUCCUUCUGAUGCAUUUGCAAUGGUAUCAUCUGGUUGUUAAAUGUAAUCUCAGCAGUAUUAAUUGCAGAUGUUUACUGAGUUUCUGCAGUGGUAGCUGCAGAGUUUUAUGGAGCUGCUUGAAGCACGCUGUCUCUGGGCUGAGGGAAUCCCUGUUCACAUCAGGGGCAUCUUCAGCAGCUGUAUUUGAAUGGCCAGUGUAAGUUCACUUCCCGUAGCAUAAAGCAAGUUACUUCUUUUCCAUGAAGGAAACCUUACCUUCAUUAAACUAUACUAAUAAUGUUGUUUUUCCUGGCACUUUUUAAUGUAGAGGGUUAAUGUAUUCCUGUUAGCACUAGUGGGAAUUGAGCAGAAGGUUGAUCUCCAGUCAUAAGAUUGCAGAUGUAGCUUUCAUCUAUUGUUGUUUCCCCUUCUCAUCCUUUUCUCUCUGGGCAAGCAAUUGAACUCCAAGCAGAAUUUCAGAAGAAUUACUCAAAGCUGUCUUCUUAAAUUGUUUUGUGUUCUGGCUCAGUUAUGUGCUGUAAAACAGAACUGCAGAAAUGCUAUGGCUUGACUGCCUUGUCAGUUUAAGUAAAAAAAUCUUUACAAUUUUGUUAGUGCAAACCACAGUGGCUGCUGUUGGACCAGUCUAACCUUUUGUCUAAAUAGUUUACAAUAAAGAAGAAUUUGGGAGGUUGAAUUUGAAAUUGCUUGUUCGCUGGAAAACUAAAUAUACAUAAAUAGGUAAAUAGCAGAGGAAAAGAAUAACUUUACUGUAAAGGCAUUAUAACCCACUUUUGUUAGCAGUAUGCAGAAUUACAAUGCUGACCCUCCAAACACAGAAUUUUCACAAUGAAAAAUGGUUUAUAUUUUGCAUGUCCAUAAACUUCAUAGUGCUUCUGUUCAGCUUUAGAGGGACAAUUAAGAUUUUGGCACUAGGCUACUAGUAUUUAGGAUGUUCAUUGCUAUGAAAUGUUUUUUAUUUAAAUAUUUUUAUUAUUUUUACAAAAUAUUUUCCUUUCAGAAUUUACUUCAUAGGCUUUGCUAAGAGCCAUAUUAUGCUGUAGGUAUUUUAAGGUAAAACCAUGAUUAUUUGAUAAUUCUGUUUUGUAUGACUGACCUUCUGGCCGCUGUUUAGAAAGGUUCCUCCUGUUGUCAGUAAAAGGAUGACAGCCAAGGACUCCUGGAAUGGUUACAAUCCAUUGAAGUAUCUGUGUGGAUUCAGAAUGCAUUUACAAAUACUUCCUGAGGACUGUGUGAAAUAGUUGCUACAUUCAUUGAUUAGCCCCUAAGUCAAUAAUUCAAAAUUUGAACUUGUUUCCUUUCGGAUUGUAUUGCAGUGUAAUGAUAGAUACUAAAAUUCUAACUAGAGAUAUAUUGUGACAAAUUUCUCAAAGCUAUGAUGGAUGUGAAAGGGAGCCGAGCUACACUGCUCUCAGUCUUUUCAUCUGUUAAAAAACUUCUCAAUAAUGAAACUUUAUCUUUUGGGGGUUUCCGUUGUUCCUUGUUUUCAGAACUUUGAGAAACUUCUCAUUCAGCCUGCAUUAGAAAAAACCUUGCCUUCUUCGAGGCUUUUGUUAAGCCUCAGGAGGUAUAUUGUUCAACUAAUUUAACAUACUUUUGUGCUGACAUCAAUUAGCUUUUAAAUGUAUAGACCUACAGAACUCCACAGGACUCUGGUCUCCUUUAUUCCGGGCUGCCUUUCAAAGCCAUCCAUCCUGUCCCUUUUGAUUGCACAUAA